UUCGCACUGGAGAUGGGAAAAGAGAGCGGUUGUAACGCAGUAGUGGUGACGGACGGUCCGGGCGGGUACUGUAUGUGGCUUCCAUCAUAAACAUGACCCGGCCGGAUGAUGAUUGGUUCGACACGAUCGGUAAGUACCGAGCAGAGACAGAUUUCUGGCUGAUCGUGCCACAAGAACGGUCGGGUUGAAGGAGGUGAAGCCAUAAUGAGGAUCAGAUGUCGCCACUAUCUGCUGAUCCUACUUAUACUGGUGCAUCAGUGCAGUGUCCAAUCGCAGGGUAACCGAAGACGUAACCGAAGUGAAAAAUGUCCCAGGGUACGUGCGAUGCGAAACUUUGACCUACCGGCCAUGAUGGGUUACUGGUACGUUAUUCAGUACUUCGCCUCGUCGGAAACACUGCCCGAGUACUCCUGCAUGCAAAGUUUGUUUGCCACCUCGGAUGGACUCGUCACCAUGAACUUUACCUACUAUUUUUCCGACGAUCCGCUGCGGAACUUCCAGCGAGGCAACAUCACCUGGGUUAUUCCGAACUAUUCCGCUCCGGCCCAUUGGAUUCAUGCCGAAUGGACUUAUGAGGAAGUGUACAACACCUACGUGAUCGACACCGAUUACCGCUCCUGGGGACUGAUUAUGCACUGCGCCGAAAAGACUAAAACCCAGAAGUACCUGUCGGCGCUGAUGCUAUCCCGCGAGCCAACCCUCACGACCAACGUGAUUAACUUUCUGCGCGAAAAGCUACCGCGGUAUGACAUCGAUCUUAACUACAUGUUCCCCAUCCCGCAGGCCAACUGCACCGAUCCGGUGCAAGAUCCGAAGCAGUACUUUAAGUAUGAGACGUUGUAGAAACUGUCAUGCCAGAUCACCACCAGAAAAUUACUGUAAACUAAUAUAAUAUUGUUAUUGAACAACAAAACACGUGGGAAAUAUUUUUUAAACGCUUUUACUGAGUUAGCUCGAAAACCGUUCGGCUUCUUGAUAUAGUCAAGACACAAACCUCACGAAAGUUUUAAACUGAUCGAAAGGGAAAAGCUCUUACCCGCUUGUAUUCGCUUCUUGUAAGGGAAACUUUUACUACUCGAUUUUUAAUCCUACGGAUGUUCAAAUUUCACGCAUUAUUCUGAAUGUUUGUCUAUUUGUAGAUAGCUGGACCUAGAGAAAUAGUUUGUAUUGGAAAAUUUAUUGAAAAUAAUACAUAUAGUUUAAUGUUGAUACAAAAACUUGACUUAAAUCAGUCAGAAAUAUGUUAGAAAAUACUUCGGAUAGCUAUGAAAUGCCAGAAACCAAAUCUAAAAUCACCAAAACAAAACUCUCAAAUCUGCAAAUAUUCUAAAAUUGGCAUAAAAUCGACAAAGCAAAAUUGGCAAAAAGAGAAUGAUGGUCGUGAAACGAACUAGAAAUAAUUAAAAAUCGCCUGUAAAAGGUAGAAAACGUCUAGAGGAUAGAUUGACAAUUGAAUUGUAAGAUAAAAAAUACGAAAAUUGACAAACCGCUUUUAAAAACUUCGCACAUUGGUACAUCAAAGUUCACGAAAAAUCAAACCUAAAGCAUCUCGAAGGUUUCUUUAACCUGAAAACACCUAAAGUAAAAUUACGCAACCGCAUUCUUUACAAAAGAUGAAAAAUAAAUCAAUUAUUAGUAAAAUUUCCCUUCCAUUAUGUAUAGUCGAAAAUAAAAUAUUUUUUCAACUUCA